AUGGGCGAUAUUGCGGUCGAGAGCCAGGUCAAUCAUGUGCCGCCGCACAAAAAGGCCGUCCCGUCAACGAUCCCUACCGUCGACAACUUCGAGGGUCUUUCUACCGAGGGUGGCGAUGACUACGCCUCACUGAAGAAGUUGCAGAGACAGCUAGAAUAUAUCCAGCUACAAGAAGAGUACAUCAAGGAUGAGCAAAGGAGCCUGAAGCGUGAGCUGGUACGAGCUCAGGAAGAAAUCAAGCGCAUCCAGAGUGUGCCGUUGGUCAUUGGUCAAUUCAUGGAGGCCAUCGAUCAGAACACCGGCAUCGUUCAGUCAAGUACUGGAUCCAACUACGUCGUUCGGAUUUUGUCUACCCUUGACCGCGAGUUGCUGAAACCUUCAUCGUCUGUCGCACUGCAUCGGCACUCAAAUGCUCUCGUCGACAUCCUGCCCCCUGAAGCCGACUCCUCCAUUGCCAUGCUCGGCGCGGACGAGAAACCGGACGUGACGUACGCCGAUGUUGGUGGGCUGGACAUGCAGAAGCAGGAGAUUCGCGAGGCUGUCGAGCUGCCGUUGACGCACUUCGACCUCUACAAGCAAAUCGGGAUCAAUCCUCCUCGUGGUGUUCUGUUGUACGGUCCUCCGGGGACAGGCAAGACCAUGCUCGUCAAGGCCGUGGCCAACUCAACCACUGCCAGCUUCAUCCGAGUUGUUGGCUCGGAAUUCGUCCAGAAGUACCUCGGAGAGGGUCCCCGAAUGGUCCGAGAUGUCUUCCGAAUGGCGCGCGAAAACUCGCCUGCCAUCAUCUUCAUCGACGAAAUCGACGCCAUUGCCACGAAGCGUUUCGAUGCCCAGACGGGCGCUGACCGUGAAGUGCAGCGUAUUUUGCUUGAACUUCUCAACCAGAUGGAUGGGUUCGAUCAGACAUCCAACGUCAAGGUCAUCAUGGCCACCAACCGUGCCGACACUCUGGAUCCCGCUUUGCUGCGUCCGGGCCGGCUGGACCGAAAGAUUGAGUUCCCCUCGCUGCGAGACCGCCGCGAACGUCGCCUCAUCUUCACCACUAUUGCCAGCAAGAUGUCCCUCGCCCCCGAGGUCGACCUCGACAGCUUGAUUGUGCGCAACGACCCGCUUUCGGGCGCCAUCAUUGCUGCCAUCAUGCAGGAGGCUGGUCUGCGGGCGGUCCGCAAGAACCGGUACAACAUCAUCCAGAGCGACUUGGAGGAUGCGUACUCUAGCCAGGUCAAGGGCACAAGCGACGACAACAAGUUUGACUUUUACAAGUGA